AUGGCCGAGCCUAGUAUACCAUUCGACGGCCCCCGCAGCAGAGCGCCUACGUUUCCACGGCAGCCAGAAGAGCUGCAUAUUCCUUCAGCAAACGCCUCGAAGCCGCUGAACGAGCAGCGACAGGACCAUCACCAGCAACAGCAUUACCAGCAGCACCAGAAUAAUGCUCUGCCGGGAGCCCUACAACCCGGUCCUGCAAGCCGCCAGGGACAGCCACCCACAAACAGUAACAACUCAACUUCUUCAGGAGUGCCCUCGCAGCUAGCGGUGCCCAUGACACCGUCGAAGCAGUCGUCCAUGAACCAGCUGCAAUCGUAUCCUUCUAGCCCAGGAGGAGACCAGCAGCGAUAUCACCAUCAACAGCAGCAGCAGCAACAGCAGCAGCAGCAAUCCAGCAUGAUGUCUCCCUCUUCCGCCGGACAGUCGACGCCGUACUCGCCGCUUGGGCUGGCGGACAUACGCCCUCACAUGGACCUAGGCCGGAUAGACGACUCGGCCACCUCUCCAGCCAUGAACAACGGGGACAUGCAAACGCCCAAGAAUAGCAAUUACCUCGCUCCGUGGGGACUGUAUGCGCUCGAUUGGUGUAAGUGGCCCGCAGCUCCAAACACCAAUUCGGCGGGGAAGAUUGCUCUUGGGAGCUACCUAGAAGACACCCACAACUACAUACAAAUUCUCCACGCGCAGACCGCUGAGCGGGACUACAACGACCCUGACAACGACCCAGGCCUAGAGUUCGUCAAGACGGCGGAGGCCACACACUCCUACCCGGUCACACGUAUCCUCUGGGAACCUCCGUCGUCGCAGAAACAGUCGACAGAUCUGCUAGCUACCUCGGGCGACCAUCUCCGUCUCUGGUCGUUGCCCUCGAACCCCAACCAGACGCAGUAUUACGGCAACAACUCGAUCAACCGGAUGAGCGCCAGCAACAAAAGUCCACCACCGCUACAGAAACUCUCUCCGCUGGCCCUCCUCUCCAACUCCAAGACGCCCGAACACACCGCCCCUAUAACAUCUCUAGACUGGAACGCCGUCUCGCCGAGCCUGAUCAUUACGUCGAGUAUAGACACUACCUGUACCAUAUGGGAUAUACCCACUCUCACCGCAAAGACACAGCUCAUUGCCCACGACAAGGAGGUCUAUGAUGUACGGUUCUGUGCAAAUAGCGUAGACGUCUUCGUCAGCUGUGGUGCAGACGGAAGCGUGAGAAUGUUUGAUCUGAGAAGCCUGGAGCACAGCACCAUCAUCUACGAGCCGUCAGAGAAACACGAUAAGGGAAGCCCGGGAGACCUCUCUCCAGGCCAAUCAUCCGUAUGGCCUCCUCCUCUACAGCGCAUUGCAGCAUCACCGCACGACGCCCAUCUGCUGGCAACAUUUGCCCAAGACUCCAACAUCAUCCGCGUGCUGGACGUCCGCCAGCCAGGCCAGGCGCUGCUGGAGCUCAAAGGCCACGCUGCCCCCGUAAACUGCAUGGAAUGGUCGCCCUCUCGCCGUGGAACCAUCGCCACGGGCGCCGACGACUCGCUGGUCCUGAUCUGGGACCUUAUCAACCAGAACAACGCAGCUGCCCUGCCCAUCCCUCCGCAGCAGCCACAGCCCCUUCACGGCGGUGGAAGCGGCGGCGGCGGCACCAGCGGCCCGUCAACGCUUGAACGAGGACCCGCGGCGGCCUGGCGAUGUGACUAUGAAGUGUCGAACAUCAGCUGGGCACCCCAUAUCCCUGCCACCGGCCCAGGGAGGGACUGGCUCGGACGUCUGUCUCCCAUCUUUGGAUCUAUAUCUAUGUCGGUCUACGACGACCAUGUCUCGACUGUUCCUUGA